AUACAUUUUGUAAUAAUCAAAAUAAAAAGUUUUGAAUGCAAUAACCUCACAAUUCAAUAAACUCUUCUCUUUUAAAAAAUGCGUUAACUAUUUAGAAACAGAAGUACGUCACUCUUGAGCUCUACUGUAUGAUAAUAAAUCACAUCAACAAUGAUACAAAAUAAGUAUUUGAACAUAAUUUUGAAUUUUAAAUUUCCUUCACACCUGUAAAGCAAUAUUAUUACAUGAUUGAUUGAAUUAUACUAUCAAGAGAACAUCAAGAAAGUAUGUGUCUCUAAUUUUCUAAACAUCUGCCAUAGUCUUUAAAUGCAUAAUUGAAAUACAAGCAUUGUUCAUGAAUCAUUAAAAAAUAAUUUUUUUGACAAAAUAUAAGCAAGAUGUCAAUUGAAAAUGAUAUUUUUGAUAACAUUGAAACACAAUUACCACCAGAUUUUGAAGAUGAUGUUGUUCAAGAGGUGUUAAAGACUGGAACUGAUUUACGUCAAUAUUCUCGACAAAUUGAAAAAGAAUUGAAAGAAGUAGAAAAUAAAUCUAUACAGGAUUAUAUUAAAGAAAGUCAAAAUAUAGCUAGUUUACACAAUCAAAUAGCCGCGUGUGAUAAUAUUUUAGAGAAAAUGGAAUCAAUGCUGAUUGGAUUCCAAACAGACUUGGGAAGUAUAAGUUCAGAAAUAUUAAAUUUACAAAGAAGAUCAGUUGCAAUGAGUCAACAAUUAUCUAACCGACAAGCAAUUCGUGGACCUUUAAGUCAAUUUAUCGAAGAUAUUACUGUUCCAGAACCUUUAAUUAUGGGAAUAAUGGAGUCUCCAGUGACAGAUAAGAAUUUUCUGUUAUGCCUCCAAAACCUUAAUCAUAAGAUAAAUUUUAUCAAAGAACUAAGUUUCAAAGAGGCUAAAUCUUGUGUUGAUGUAAAAGAUGUUAUAGAAAAAUUGAAAAUUCAAGCGAUGGUUAAAAUUCGUGCAUAUCUUUUAGAACAAAUAUAUAAAUUUCGUAAACCGAUGACAAAUUAUCAAGUACCUCAGAAUAAUAUGCUUAAAUAUAAAUAUUUUUUUGAAUUUAUUUUGGCUAAUGAAAGGAAUGUUGCUGAGGAAAUUUGUAGUGAAUACAUAGAUACUAUGAGCAAGAUUUAUUAUUCCUAUUUUAAAUCAUAUUCAUCAAGAUUGAUGAAAUUACAGUUUGAAGAGAAACCGUCAAAAGAUGAUUUAAUGGGCGUAGAAGAUACUGCCAGCCGUGGAUUAUUCCAUAAGUCAUCAUUGAAAAAUCGAGGUACAGUAUUUUCAAUUGGUAAUAGAGGAGACGUUUUAACUUCACAAUUAGAACAACCUAUUAUUGUACCUCACACUGCAUCUAAAACACGUUAUCAUUAUGAAGCAUUAUUUCGGAGUGAACAGUAUGCUCUUGUUGACAAUGCGUGUCGAGAAUAUCUAUUUCUCACAGAAUUCUUUAAAGUGCGGGGAUCUCAGGCUAUGGAUAUUUUCAAUCAGGUCAUUGGAAGCACAUUGAAUAUAAUGCAGAAAAAUCUUCAAUCAUUCGUUGAAGAAUCUUAUGAUACAAUAGCACUUUUUCUGUGUCUUCAUCUUGUAAUGAGAUAUCAAAUGGUUUGUCAUAAAAGAGCUGUACCUGCUCUUGAUAAAUACUGGGACACUUGUACAUCUAUCAUUUGGCCGAGAUUUCAAUCUAUUUUUACGAUGAACAUUCAAAGCAUAAAAGACUGUGAUCCAUUGAAAUUCAAUAAAGAAACUGGUCCUCAUUAUAUAACCCGAAGAUAUGCAGAAUUUAGUGCAGCAGUCGUAAGCAUUAAUGAAGGAUUUCCAUGUGAAGGUGCCACAUUACUUCUUGCUGAACUUCGUGAAGCAGUUCAAUGUUUUCUUUUAAGAAUGGCUGCUAUUUUUCCUCAUAGAAUUCAACAACUUGUAUUUUUAAUAAAUAAUUAUGAUUUAGUUCUUGGAGUACUUAUGGAAAGAACUCGUGAUAGUUCAAAAGAAGUGGAAAGUUUUAAAGAACAACUCAAUGCUAAAUCAUCAGAAUAUGUAGAAGAAAUACUAUCACCAUAUUUUGGUGGAAUAAUUCAAUUAGUUAAAGAAUCUGAAACAUUAAUCGAGAAAGGUUUGACUGAAGAUGCAGUGAAGUUGCAUGAAUCUCGAGCUCUUGAUCUUGUUCAAUCAUUUACAAAUAACUGGAAACGAUCUCUUUCUGAUAUAAAUAGUGAAAUAUUGAAAUCAUUUCCCAAUUUAGUAUUGGGUGCAGCUCUAGUUCAAAGAACUAUGACACAACUGGUAGAAUAUUAUCAACGAUUACAUAAAAUUUUACCAGCUAAUGCACGUGCACAAUUAACAAAUAUCCAUCAUAUUAUGGUCGAAAUUAAAAAAUAUAAAAUGAAUUAUUAAUCCUAAUAUAGAUAUUAAAUAUAUAAUGAAAUAAUGUAAAUUUUAAAAAGUUCUUUCGAAACAAAAUAAGUAAGAAGAUUUUAAAUAUAUAAAAAAUACAUUGUAAAAAAUAUAUAAAAGUUUUUCACUGGACAAAUAUAAUACAGUAAAGAAUGAAUUAAAUAAAGCUAAAAUUUAUAUGUAAAAUACUUCUUAUUACCAAAUAUUAUUUUAAUAAUUAUAACUGUAACAAAUUUUAAGAAUUAUUUUAAGAGUGUCAGAUUUUUUUAUUGUUAAAUUAUCUUGUUUUGUCAGAGUUGGUGGUUCAGCAGGGAUCAUUACAACUGAAGUUGUAGAAUAACUUUCAAUACAAUUGCAAAAUCAAAAGUGUAGAAGAAGAAAAAAAUGCAUUCAAAAGUAGGAGAAUCUACGACGGUAGUUUCAUUGAUUGUUGUAGCUUCUGUAGAUGUUGAAGGAAUUACAGAUUUAUACCAUGUGUUAAACGUGUUAUAUUAUAGGACAGGAAACUGCUAAUGCAGCAUAAUUUCUGGUUGUGAUUUUGUGCUUCGCUGCUUUGAAUAGCUAAUACGUGUUGUGAUUCAAAUUCAUUUAUGUAAAUAUAAAAUGAUGGAAUCAAGUAUUAGUGCAUUUAAAUUAUUCUAUAAAAUUUCAUAAAUGUUUUAGUUAAUAUCAUGGAAAUUUUCAAUAGAAAUUAUACUUAACUAUCUGGCAUUUAAAAUA